CGGAGCGCUGCUCCUUCAUCAGGUGGUUGUGGAGUGUUCUCUCAGCUUGACGUCUUCACAAUGAAGUGGGUACUGGCAUUUGAGAUUUUUAUACCAUUGGUUCUCUUUUUCAUCUUGCUGGGACUUCGUCAGAAGAAACCGACCAUUCCUGUCAAAGAAGUCUCAUUCUAUACAGCCGCACCACUGACCUCUGCUGGGAUACUCCCUGUGAUGCAGUCACUAUGUCCAGAAGGCCAGAGAGAUGAAUUUGGAUUCCUGCAGUAUUCCAACUCCACGGUCACCCAACUCCUUGAGCGAAUCAAUGAGGUUGUGGAAGAGAGUAAUUUGUUUGAUCCUGAUCGUCGAGGUCUUGAAGAAGAGCUGGAGUCUCUACGUCGUCACCUGGAAUCAAUGAAUAAUGAUCCGAGCUCAGUGGAGAACCACUUUAACAACAGUAAAGGGUUCACUCUUGGAUCAGUUGUAAAGGACCAGGAUGAACUUCAAAACUUCUUGAUGCACAACUUGACAAUGUCCAAUGAAACAGCUGGACUCUUGCUGGGAUCAAAUAUUAACUUGAAGGAGGUUUUCCGCCUUUGCUUUGGAUCAUAUCCUUCUGCGGUGGAUAGUGGGCUGGAUAUUGAAAGCUGGGAUGCAUUCAAUGCUGGAGAGAAACUAUUACAGAUCGAGGAGCAUCUCCUCGGAGGCUGGAGGAAGCUUGAAGGAGGACUGAUUCAUAAGGCGCUGAGUGACCCAGAGAGAGUGGCACACAGACAGACACUGGUCCAGUUGUUGGCCCAGGCACUUGGCCUGGCAGGAUCCAGUAACUCCACAGAUAGCUAUAACCCAGAGGCACUGGUUAGAGAAAUGGAGAAUAUAUUGUUCGCCCCCAAGGUAUUGGAGUACCUGACUUGUAACGAUGAACAGGACGAUCUGCAGAAGAUCCUCGCGAUCCCUGCCUCUCAGAAGGUUCGGCUGAGCAGUUACCGGGCAGCUGUGUGCAACACCACCGCCAAACUGCGCAAGGAGCAUUUCCAGGAACUCGCCAACAAACUUCAAAGCCAAGUGGACGUCCAGAAAAUUGUGGACAAACUCAAAUUGAAUGAGGUGAACAGCACAGCCGUUCAGCAUCACCUUCAGGCCUUACUCGAAGACCUCAUCGAGGUGGAAAAAAUCUUAAAGGAUGUUGAUGCCUUAUCGGGACUUGCCAGACUGCUCCCAAAGGGGGCCUGCACUGGCAAAAGCCCACCCACUGCUGCCAAUAGUACCAGCUGGAACAGCAAUUUCACGGCCACCAAUGCCACCACAGAAGAGGAUGAGGAGCCCAAGAAGGAGAAUCCUCACACUCAGUUUUCGGCUUUUGUUCAGCUCUGGGCUGGCCUUCAGCCAAUCCUGUGUGGGAAUAACAGAACAAUAGAACCUGAGGCCUUGAAACAGGGGAACAUGAGCUCUCUCGGCUUCACCAGCAAGGAACAACGCAACCUUGGCUUACUGGUGCACCUCAUGACCACUAAUCCCAAGAUCCUUUACUCACCUGUUGGUACAGAAGUGGACAAAGUAAUAGAAAAGGCUAAUGAAACGUUUGCCUUUGUUGGGAAUGUUACACACUAUGCCAGAGUCUGGCUGAACAUUUCCUCAGAAAUCCGCACAUUCCUGGAAGAGGGCAGGCUACAGAACCGCAUCAGCUGGCUGCAGCAGUUUACCUCUGAUUUGAAAAAGCAUCCGGAAGUACUGAAUGCCUCCGAUAGUGACGUCAUCAGGAACUUUCUCAACAGCAACUUCUCCAUGCCAAACUCCAGCACACUGCUCCAACAGCUGGACACCAUUGACAAUGCAGCCUGUGGCUGGAUCCAGUUCAUGUCCAAGGUGAGUGUGGACAUUUUUAAAGGCUUCCCCAAUGAGGAGAGCAUAGUGAACUACACCUUAAGCCAGGCAUAUCAGGACAAUGUCACAGUAUUUGCCAGUGUGAUAUUUCAGACUAAGGAGGAUGGCACACUGCCCCCCCAUGUCAUGUUGAAGAUCCGUCAGAACUCCAGCUUUACUGAGAAAACCAAUGAAAUUCGAAGGGCCUACUGGAGACCAGGGCCUAACACUGGAGGGAGAUUCUAUUUUCUUUAUGGAUUUGUCUGGAUACAAGAUAUGAUGGAACGGGCCAUUAUCAAUACAUUUGUGGGACACGAUGUAGUGGAACCUGGGAACUAUGUCCAGAUGUUUCCCUACCCCUGCUACACCAGGGACGACUUUCUGUUUGUGAUUGAGCACAUGAUGCCCCUCUGCAUGGUUAUAUCAUGGGUGUAUUCAGUGGCCAUGAUGAUUCAGCAUAUUGUUGCAGAAAAGGAGCACAGACUAAAGGAGGUCAUGAAGAUGAUGGGGUUGAACAAUGCUGUCCAUUGGGUGGCCUGGUUCAUCACUGGCUUUGUGCAGCUCUCCAUCUCUGUGACAGCACUGACUGGCAUCCUGAAGUACGGCAAAGUGCUGAUGCACAGCGAUCCCUUUAUAAUCUGGCUGUUUCUUACAAUCUAUGGCAUCGCUACCAUCAUGUUCUGUUUCCUGAUCUCUGUGGUCUACUCCAAGGCAAAGCUGGCCUCAGCAUGCGGUGGGAUCAUUUAUUUCCUCAGCUACGUUCCAUACAUGUAUGUGGCUAUCCGUGAGGAGGUAGCCCAUGAUAGGAUCACAGCAUUUGAGAAGUGCAUUGCGUCCCUCAUGUCCACAACUGCAUUCGGGCUUGGUUCGAAAUAUUUUGCUCUCUAUGAGGUGGCAGGUGUUGGAAUCCAGUGGCACACCUUGAACCAGUCACCAGUAGAAGGAGAUGAUUUCAACCUUCUGCUCUCCAUGGUCAUGCUCAUCGUGGAUGCUACUGUUUAUGGAGUUCUGACAUGGUACAUCGAAGCUGUUCAUCCAGGGAUGUAUGGACUGCCGAGACCAUGGUACUUUCCGUUCCAGAAAUCCUAUUGGCUGGGCAAUGGACGAAUUGAAACGUGGGAAUGGUCCUGGCCCUGGUCCAGAAGCAGUCGACUCAGCAUCAUGGAGGAUGACCAGGCUUGCGCGAUGGAGAGCAGGAGGCUGGAGGAAACUCGUGGGAUAGAGGAGGAACCGAGCCAUUUGCCCCUAGUCGUGUGCAUUGACAAGCUGACCAAAGUCUACAAGACGGGGAAGAAGCUGGCUUUGAAUAAGCUAAGCCUCAACUUACAUGAGAAUCAGGUGGUGUCAUUUCUGGGACACAACGGUGCUGGCAAAACCACAACGAUGUCUAUUUUGACAGGACUAUUUCCGCCCACCGCUGGCUCAGCCACAAUUUACGGACAUGACAUUCGAACAGAAAUGGAUGAAAUCCGGAAAAAUCUGGGCAUGUGCCCUCAGCACAACGUUCUGUUUGACAAACUGACAGUAGAGGAGCAUCUCUGGUUUUACUCUCGCCUGAAGGGGAUGGCUGAGGAUGAGAUUCGCAAAGAAAUGGACAAAAUGAUCGAAGACUUGGAACUCUCCAAUAAGCGACAUUCUCUGGUGCAGACACUGUCUGGCGGAAUGAAACGCAAACUAUCUGUUGCCAUUGCAUUUGUUGGGGGAUCCAAAGCCGUUAUUUUGGAUGAACCCACAGCUGGAGUUGACCCAUACGCUCGGCGAGCGAUCUGGGACCUAAUCCUGAAGUACAAACAAGGCCGGACAAUCCUUCUGUCCACACAUUACAUGGAUGAAGCUGAUCUUCUGGGAGAUCGCAUUGCAAUAAUCUCACAUGGGAAGUUGAAGUGCUGCGGGUCACCUCUGUUCCUCAAAAGCACCUAUGGGGACGGCUACAAGCUGACGGUGGUGAAAAAACAGCCCGACUCUCAAACUAGCCCAGAUUCAGGACAGGAUCUCAGCCCUUCCUCUGGCUCUUCCUGUUUGGAGACCAAGGUCAGCCAGUUUAUUAAGAAGUAUGUCGUGUCCACCAUCCUUGUCUCGGACACCAACACGGAGAUUUCUUACAUCCUGCCAUCAGAAGCUGUGAAGAAAGGAUGCUUUGAAAGGCUUUUCCAGGCCCUGGAUCUGAACCUGGAGGAACUGAAUUUGACUAGUUUCGGUUUGAUGGACACCACACUGGAGGAGGUGUUUCUGAAGGUUUCUGAAGAAGACCAGUCAUUGGAGAACAGUGACAUAGAUGACAAAGAUUCAGGGAAAGAAGCCUUGCAGACACCACAUACGGAGAAUAAAAAUGGUCGCCUCAAAGACACCCAUCCACAAGAAGGUACAAACAAUCUGAAAGUGAACAUGAGCAAUUUGGUCACCUGUGCAAGGCUAAGCCAAUCCCAGUCCUCUGUGCACUCCUCCUCUUCUGUUGGUUCUGUCCGAGGUGAUGAAAUGGGUGGUUAUUCCGAAUUCUACGGAGACUACUCGCCGCUGUUUGAUAACCUGAAUGAUGCAGACAACCUCAGUUUACAAGCAGAACCAGAAGCUGACCUGAAGAGCUUUGUCCUGGAGGGUCAAGGGAGUAUAAAGCUGGAGGGCUCCUGGCUGAAACUCUGCCAGUUUUACGGGCUGAUAGUGAAGCGUUAUCACUGUGCCAAACGCAACACCAAGAGUCUUUUCUCCCAGAUCCUGCUCCCAGCCUUCUUUGUGUGUGUGGCAAUGACGGUGGCACUCUCAGUACCUGAAAUAGGUGACUUGCCUCCUCUGAUUCUUUCCCCAUCUCAGUACCACAAUUAUACACAGCCUCGUGGGAACUUCAUACCGUAUGCAAACGAAGAGAGAAAUGAGUACAGGAUAAAGUUAUCACCUGAUGCCAGCCCACAGCAGUUGACAAAUACCUUCUAUCUACCGUCAGGGAUUGGAGCUACCUGUGUCCUGAAAACUCCAUACAACAGCACAUUAGACCAGCUGGUGCAGACCCUCAAUCUUUCCACCAGUGAGACCAAAAUGUUGGCCUCCAAAUACUUUGACUCAAUGUGUCUGGACUCAUUCACUCAAGGCCUCCCACUCUCAAAUUUUGUCCCACAGCCACCCUCACCCGCUCCAUCCGAUUUCCCUGACAUGGGAAAUGAUGGAGGGACAUACCCCUGGAAUUUGACAACAUCACCAGCUACAAUGAAAGAAACAUUUACAUCCUCCCCAUCAGCUCCACACCCCAUACAUGAGCCAGUUCGAUGUAGCUGUUCGAUGCAAGGAACUGGGUUCUCCUGCCCAAGUGGAGUUGGAGGACACCCCCCACAGAAGAAAGUAGUGACGGGCGAUAUUUUGGUGGACAUUACAGGCCGCAAUGUUUCUGAGUACAUUCUGCACACCUCUGAUCGCUUCAGGCUUCAUAGAUAUGGAGGCCUGACAUUUGGCAAUGUGCUCAAAUCUAUCCCAGCGUCCUUCAGCACAAAGGCUGCUCCAAUGGUGCGGAAGAUUGCAGUGAGGAGAACUGCACAGGCAUUCUACAACAACAAAGGUUAUCACAGCAUGCCUACCUAUCUGAAUACUUUAAAUAAUGCAAUUCUCCGAGCCAAUCUACCCAAGAGCAAGGGCAACCCUGCGGGAUAUGGGAUCACCGUGACAAACCACCCAAUGAACAAGACCAGUGCAAGCUUGUCUCUCGAUUACCUUCUGCAGGGCACAGAUGUGGUCAUUGCCAUCUUCAUCAUUGUGGCCAUGUCAUUUGUGCCAGCCAGCUUCGUGGUGUUCCUGGUGGCAGAGAAAUCAACCAAAGCAAAGCACCUACAAUUUGUCAGUGGAUGUGACCCAGUGAUCUACUGGCUGGCCAACUACAUCUGGGACAUGCUCAAUUACCUGGUACCAGCAACGUGUUGUAUCAUCAUUCUCUUUGUGUUUGAUCUGCCAGCCUACACAUCGCCCACCAACUUCCCAGCAGUCCUCUCACUCUUCUUAUUGUAUGGUUGGUCAAUCACACCAAUUAUGUAUCCUGCCUCCUUCUGGUUUGAGGUUCCCAGUACAGCCUAUGUCUUCCUGAUUGUCAUCAACCUCUUCAUUGGUAUCACGGCAACGGUUGCUACCUUCUUGCUUCAACUUUUUGAACAUGACAAGGACCUGAAAGCUGUCAACAGCUACCUGAAAUCCUGUUUCCUCAUCUUCCCAAAUUAUAACCUAGGCCAUGGACUGAUGGAAAUGGCUUACAAUGAGUACAUCAAUGAAUACUACGCAAAAAUAGGCCAGUUUGGCAAGAUGAAAUCGCCUUUUGAAUGGGACAUCGUGACACGAGGCCUUGUUGCCAUGACGAUAGAGGGGUUUGUGGGCUUUUUCAUCACCAUCAUGUGCCAGUACAACUUCUUCAGAAAGCCACAGCGCUUGCCAGUUUCUAACAAGCCAAUAGAAGAUGAUGAUAUCGAUGUGGGGAACGAGAGGAGACGUGUGCUGCGAGGAGAUGCAGAUACUGACGUUCUUAAAAUUCAGAACCUGACAAAGGUGUACAAGUCUCGGAGGAUGGGCAGAAUCCUCGCGGUAGAUCGUUUAUGUACAGGUGUGCGUCCUGGAGAAUGCUUUGGGUUACUGGGAGUGAACGGAGCCGGGAAGACGACAACAUUCAAGAUGCUGACUGGGGAUGAGAGUACAACAGGUGGAGAGGCCUUUGUGAAUGGAAACAGUAUUCUCAAGGACCUGCUCAAGGUGCAGCAGAGUAUUGGAUACUGUCCACAGUUUGAUGCUCUUUUCGAUGAGCUCACAGCCCGGGAGCACAUGGAGCUCUACACCAGGCUCCGUGGAGUCCCCUGGAAAGAUGAAGAGCGGGUUAUAAACUGGGCCCUCGAUAAACUGGAACUCACAAAAUACGCAGACAAGCCUGCAGGGACAUACAGUGGUGGCAACAAAAGGAAGCUCUCGACCGCCAUUGCUUUGAUCGGCUAUCCUUCUUUAAUUUUUCUGGACGAACCAACGACAGGAAUGGAUCCCAAGGCACGGAGAUUUCUGUGGAACCUAAUUCUUGACAUCAUCAAGACUGGGCGAUCAGUAGUGCUGACAUCACACAGCAUGGAGGAGUGUGAAGCACUGUGCACAAGACUGGCCAUCAUGGUGAAUGGACGCUUCAAGUGUCUUGGCAGCAUCCAGCACUUGAAAAACCGGUUCGGCGAUGGCUACAUGAUCACUGUCCGUACAAAGGCUAGCUUGUACGUGAAAGAAGUUGUCCGCUUCUUCAACAGAAAUUUUCCUGAAGCAGUUUUAAAGGAGAGACACCAUACCAAAGUGCAGUACCAGCUGAAGUCGGAAAACAUCUCACUGGCUCAGGUUUUCAGUAAGAUGGAGCAAGUGGUCGAUGUAUUAGGAAUUGAAGAUUAUUCCGUCAGUCAAACCACGCUGGACAAUGUGUUUGUAAACUUUGCAAAGAAGCAGAGCGACAACCUGGAGCAGCAGGAGACUGUCAGCACCGGGAGUGUGCAAUCACCCAUCAAGCGCAUCCUCAGCCUGCUGCGACCAAGGGGCACCACCACUGAACUGCAGGCUCUGACUGUUGAAGAGCCUGAAGAAUUGGAGAGUGACGACGAAGGGCUUAUCAGCUUCGAGGAGGAGCGUGCACAGCUUUCAUUCAAUACGGACACACUGUGCUGAGUGGAUGAAAUCCCAUGAAGAUUUCCAUUUCUGAAGACCGUGUAUACGACAUUUGAGAACAUUGAAUCAUCCCAGCACGAGACUAAAGGAGCAGUGCCAUAAAGGGGAAUGGAAGUGACCAUCUGUAUGGUCAACAGUUCCUACGAGUUGAAGUACCUUCAGAGAGAGGGAGAGAGAGAGAGAUAGACAUUAAACUCAUUAACCAGCAGAGAAUGCUGUUUCGAUGGUGCGAGUGGUUUUGAUAACCCAUUCAUUGCUUCUGGGUCGUUUUGGCACAGUUGACCUCCAACGAACAUGAGUGUUGCGUUUUAUUUUGAUGCACUGUCUAAGAUUUUGUGUAUAAUACCUGUCUGCUGUGUAUUGGAAUAUUUAAAAAUAUUUUAAGGAAGUGUAAAAGUGAAGAGCAAAUAAUUAGGGUCUUUAUUUUCAAUGACAAAUUCAUUGUAAGCAUUCAGAUAUUUAAUCUUUGUCAUUACAGCAAGUUCAUGAAAUUAUCCAACAUUUUCAGGGUCUGGCAUUACUCAAUACAGUGAAAAGCAGAUCACAAGUGCGGCCUAAUGUCAAUAAAUGACGUUAAAUUAAAUGCAAUUCCAUUUAAAUGCUAAGUGCAAGCUUAAAUUACUAUGGGUGCUUAACGGAGAGUAACCUGUGACGUUAUGGCCAAGAACUGAUAGUAUGUUUAUCAAUUGCAGUCCAAGCUUCCAAUAACUCUCAAUUUCAGAUUUAGGAAAGGCAUGACCAAUUACAAUCCUUUGGGGAGUGUUUUAGAAACAAAAAUGUGUUUUUAAAAUCUUAUUUCUAGAAAAGUACAUGUGGCAGCACAUCCUUACCCUCUUGAGUAAACCCACUGUGAUUCUUUAUAAAUAAGACAUUUCAUUGGUAUUUUUCCCAGUCAUGUGCCAUUAAUUAGACUUUUAAAACAAUUAAAGGCAAACUAAAGUCUUACUGUGACCCUGGGACUAAUGUUAACCCUACACUUUUCCUUAACUUUCCAUUUUUCUUGAAACUACGAAAUGUCCUUGGGGUUUUAUUUCAUGUACUUGGUGCCAUUAUCUUUAACACAUUAUUGAACACAAAAUACUUACACUUAAAUGGCAAACAAAUCCACUUCACCUAUCCCACCUCACAAUGAUUACUUCCAUCAGGUGAAUAAGAGGCUUUCGUUCAGACAACAUAAAUUAGAGGGUACAGGAUAUUGCAUAGCAUGACUUACUAUUUCCUAAGACCGCCUUCAAUUGGCUGAAUUAUUUUUGUCCUGAAGUAGCUUUUGCGAAAUGGCUCUCUUUUGGUAUUAUAUUGACCUUACUAACCAUCAGAUAUGUCUUUGCCACAGCCCAAACAGGAACCUAUUAAGCGAAGGUAAAGCACAGAUGUGUAAUAUUAAAUGAAUAUGGUCCUUUUAGCAAUAAAAUAAAACACAAUGUUCAUCUUACCCUUUUCAGAUAUUUUAAGUACUAUUGCACUCAAACAUCAGCGUAUCCCUGAGUAACUAAAAUGGAUAGAAAUUAGUUUUCACAAGAACUUCAGCCACCAGGUCAAAGAGCAUGCCACGCUAAGGCUGAUAUUAAAGUGAUUGUAUAACCAGAUUUCUCCAAUUAAAGCAAAACCUCUCAUCAAAAUAGAGCUGUGCAUGUUGAAAACUCUGAGUGUUUACAAUGACCUGCGGUACAGGACUGCAACUUCACUUGAAGGUGCUUUAUUUCAAAUAAGCGUAAGCAGCACAACAAAAGAUGCAAUUGGAACCUUGGACUGCUGUUAUUAGAGAUGGACAGUCAGCACUAAUGCCCCUGAUUAUUACGCAUACUCUGAACAGAAAGCGAGCAAGAUCUCACUCAUGCUUGAAGUGGAUGUCGCAUCAAUUUCUUUUUCCCUCCUUUAAUCUAUUUCUUACGAAGAUCUCUAGUCAAUUCUGUUGCAGUGCUGAGAGAGAGUGACCUGCAAUCACCCUCAAAGCUUGGCUGUGCAUCAGGUAACGUGUGUGUGAGACUGUGUGCCUGAGUCUCCAACCUGAAGGUGGCCUUGGACACUGUUAGUACCCAGGCAGCUGGCAGACAAAUGGAACAGCCAAGAAAUAUAAACAGCCUCAGAUUACCGCAUCGAGUUAUUCCGUGAAUCUGGGGAGUGCCUUUUGUUUCCGAUCAAAGUUUUGAAAUUAAACUAUGAAAUUAGUGGGCUGGGAGAAGAGAUGACAUUUUAACUUGAUUUUAUUGUUCAAUACAUUCUUGGUAAAGACUGCAAUGAAUGUAAGAAUAAUCAGUAAGGGACUUUUUAUUUUGCAUCGUUAGAAUUUAAUCUGCAUUUAUAAUUCUGACCUUGAAUGAAAAAGGCAGAAUUUAAAAAGGUUCGUUGAAAGUAACUUGAAAUUUAGCAAUUUUGCUGGGGGGGUGGGUUUCCCCUCCAGCUUUCUGCAUUUUAAUUUCCACUUGAUUGCUUUCUUCAUUAAGUGUAAACAAAUCAUGUUGUGUUUAUUUAAAAGUACAUUGUUCCUGGCAGCCUCAUCAUUGUCAAAUCACACACCACGCACUCAAACAGAAUGAACCUGAGCGUUUGGGAGAGUGCAGCUUGUCUGAGAAAAAGUUUAAAAGAAACCAAGCCAAAAAAAAAGACAAAUUAUGAGGAAUGUGCAUUUUCUGAGUGGGGGCGAGAGAAGAAAAUUCAAUAUAAAAUGUGGUAAAGAGGGGUGAGCAUUCCCAUCAAACCCCUUUGGGGCGAAAAAUGAUCUAAGACUCACAAAGCCAUUCGGCAUACUAAUAGUUUUGUCUUGUACUGUUCCCUUUUUGCUUUCUUUGUGAAAUAUUAAUCAAUAGUAGCCGGUGAUGAGUGUUAUUGAGAGCAAUGGGAAAGCACUGGAUUUAUGCAGGUUACUGAAUUCAUCAGCGUGACGCAGCUCACUUGUAGUUUCUUGAAGCCACCCAGUCUGACUUGGCUGCUAUUUCCAAUGAUACUACAGUCCUGCUCUUACUGAUGGAAAAAUGUAUGACAAUAAAGGGCUACAUUGUCAACUUGGUUGUGGGCACUGUAGCAUUAAUAAGUGUAAUUUUCAGGGACAGUGGAAUGUUCAAUAUAAACUCUUCACACAACAGGGACAUUUCCUUCACUGGCUAGUAGUGAUUCUGUUUUAUACAAAAGCUAAUUAAAAUUACUCUUGAAUCCCGUUGACUUGGGUCUUCCUCCAUUAGCCCCAAAAUAGUAAUGCGACAUAACAAAUGCACUGUUCCAAAAUCGGUGUCAAUAUGUUUUUAUAAUGAAUUGACAUCAACUGGCCAGUUUGGUGCCGGUCAGUUCUAAUGCAGAUGAUGGUGACGACACAGGUCUGGUACCCAUGACCAUCACAAGAUAAUGUCGUAACAGCAUAUUAGGAAUGCAGUGCUGUUAAUAGGAGCCCCUUAUGGUUCCUGUUAACAAAUGCCCUCUGUAAAGUUAUGCAUCGAACGACCAUUCACUUUGGUUUCUCACCCCUCUUAAUCUUGCAAUUUUCUACAGUGACAGAGACCCCCCUCCUUUCUUGAAAUACAGUUCUUGAUUUUCCAAAAAAAAGUUAUUUUCCUCAAAUUUUCCUCUUCCCCCAGAACCUCAUGCGUUAACAUUCUUGUAUGUUUUUUGCAAGGUUUUUGUGUCUCGCCUGUUGAGCUGAGCUUUUUGAUCAUGGAUUUUAUUUGUGUGUCGGUGGAGUUGUUGUGUUUGUUGGUGAGAGCAGUGGAUGUGUUGAGUAAUGUCAUAUUUGCACAUUUCCCUGUGUGUGUCUCUUGUCUUUAAUGGGAUAUUUCUAACUGUUGGGCUAGAAGUGGCUGCAUUGCUGUAAUAUUUUCAGUUUAGGGCAAUGACAGAGCGGCCUGUAUAUCACUAGCAAAAACAAAAUAAAUAUUUGUUUUGUUGUAUAAAA